UUUUUAUGUUAGCUUUUGUAAUAUAUGCAGUACGAACAAUCAAUUGAGAUGGCUUAUGCAUGUACAAAUUUUGCUCCUUGUUAAUGCCAUUUAAUGUUGCAGGUUAAGAAUUUCAUUCUUCUUGGGGAUAUUCACAAAAGCAUAUAUUUUCUUAGUUGGAAGGAACAGGGAGCUCAACUUAGUUUAUUGGCCAAGGAUUUUGGCUCACUUGAUUGUUUAGCGACCGAGUUUUUAAUUGAUGGAAGCACGCUCAGUCUGCUGGUUUCAGAUGAUCAAAAAAAUGUUCAGAUAUUUUAUUAUGCUCCAAAGAUGUCAGAGAGUUGGAAAGGACAGAAGCUUCUAUCUAGGGCAGAGUUUCAUAUUGGUGCCCACGUGACCAAGUUCUUGCGGUUGCAGAUGCUUCCUGCAUCAUCAGAUCGAACCAAUAGUGCUCCAGGCUCUGAUAAGACUAAUCGAUUUGCUCUUCUGUUUGGCACCCUGGAUGGCAGCAUUGGUUGUAUUGCACCUCUUGAUGAACUUACAUUUCGUAGACUUCAGUCUCUGCAGAAAAAGCUUGUUGAUGCUGUUCCCCAUGUUGCUGGGCUAAAUCCAAGAUCUUUCCGGCAGUUCCGUGCAAAUGGAAGGGCUCAUCGGUCUGGCCCCGACAGCAUAGUCGACUGUGAGCUGCUUUGCCAUUACGAGAUGCUCCCAUUGGAGGAGCAGCAUGAGAUUGCCAACCAGAUCGGAACUACUCGUACCCAGAUCAUGUCCAAUUUGAAUGAACUCACUCUUGGCACCAGCUUUUUGUAAGUUCAACCCGACCCAAAUGCAGCUUACAGCAAGUUUGGGAUAUUAGCAGGGAAACUGUAUCAUGCUGUCAGUUGUAUCACAUUCCAACCAUAUUUAUCUGUAAGAUUAGCUUUUCUGUCAACAGGUUGGCUAAACCGUAGUUAUAUGAACUUUUGUCAUAGGUUUUGUUGUCACCAUUGCUGUAUUUUUAGAUUUAAUGUCUAGAUUCUUUCUCAAGUAGGGUUACACUUAACACCAUCUAACUGAUUAUGUAGGGGAUUGAUUUUUAUUUAAUAAAAGGAAAAAUUACACUUU